AUGAUUGGUUUGCCAUUGGAUAAUCAACCAAAGAAUAAAAAGUACACUAUUUAUGGUGUUAUUACUUUAAUUGUUUUAUUAGUUAUAUUAUUUUCAACCAAUUUAUUCAAUUAUUUGAAAAUUUGGACAACUUCAAUUCCUAAACAAUCUUCAAUUUGUCCAUUAUAUGAUAGAAUUGCACCUGAAUCUUAUUAUAAAGACAAUUCUACUGUUUUAGAUAUCUUAUAUGAUUCAAAAUAUAGAAAACAAUCAAUUGGUAAAUUAUCAGGAGCUAUUCAAAUAGAUACUCAAAUUUUUGAUAAUCAGCCAGAUGUUGAAGAUUCACCAGAAACAUGGGAAAAAUUUGCUAAAUUCCAUAAAUAUUUAGAAAAAACAUUCCCCAGUGUUUAUGAGAAUCUUGAAGUUACAAAAGUUAAUACUUAUGGCUUAGUUUUCUUCUGGAAAGGUUCAAAUAAGAAAUUAAAACCAGUUAUGUUAACCGCUCAUCAAGAUACUGUACCUGUUCAAAAGGAAACUUUAGAAGAUUGGACUUAUCCACCAUUUGAAGGUCAUUAUGAUGAUGAUUCCAAAUUUAUUUAUGGUAGAGGUGCAGCAGAUUGUAAAAAUGUUUUAAUUGCAAUUUUAGAAACUUUGGAAUUAUUAAUUAAACAAGGUUAUAAACCUAAAAGAUCCAUUUUAGCAGCAUUUGGAUUUGAUGAAGAAGCAAGUGGUGUAGUUUCAGCUUCAAAAAUUUCAAAAUAUUUACAAGAUCGAUUUGGUCAUAAUUCAAUUUAUUCAAUUGUUGAUGAAGGUCCAGGAUUAACUAUUGAUAAUGAUUUAACUGGUACUAUUAUUGCAACUCCAGGUACUGGUGAAAAAGGAUAUGUUGAUAUUUUAACAGAAUUGAAAACUCCUGGUGGUCAUUCAUCAAUCCCACCAGAUCAUACAUCAAUUGGUAUAAUUGGUGAAUUAUCAUAUGUCAUUGAAAAGGAUCAAUAUGAACCAAUUUUAACUAAAUCAAAUCCAAUUUUAAAUUAUUAUCAAUGCUUAGCACUACAUGACCCAAAGGAUAAAAUUUCAUCAUAUUUAAAGAAAGUUAUAUUAAGAUCUGGUUUUGAUAAAUUCGCAAAUUCAAAACUAAUAAAGAUAAUAAGUUCAAAUAGAUUAUCGAAAUAUUUAAUUCAAACUUCACAAGCUAUAGAUAUUAUAAAUGGAGGUGAAAAGGCAAAUGCAUUACCUGAGAGUACUAAAUUAUUAACAAAUCAUAGAAUUGCAAUUGAAUCAAAUGUUGAAAGUGUUAAAGACCAUUUUAUUUCUAGAGUAAUAGAAAUUGCUAAAAGACAUCAAUUGAAAGUUAUAGGAUAUGAUAAAAAAGAAAUUUAUAAACCAGGAAAAGGUGAAAAAGUUCUUGGUGAAUUCCAUGUUUCAGUUUCUUCAAAUCCAUUACAAUCAGCACCUGUUUCACCAGCAAAUGAUAAAGUUUGGGAAUAUUUAUCAGGGGUAACUAGACAUGUUUUUGAAGAAUUGGUUUAUACAAAUUUAACUUAUCCAAUUAUUUCAUCUCCUGCUAUUAUGACUGGUAAUACAGAUACAAGAUAUUAUUGGAAUUUAACUAAAAAUAUUUAUAGAUAUUCACCAUUCUUUUUAACUAGUUUUAUUGGCGAUACUGGUAUUCAUUCAGUUGAUGAAAGAUUACCAGUUGAUGGUCAUUUACAAUUGCAUGCAUGGUUUUAUCAAUAUUUACAAGCUAUUGAUAAUGAAAAAGCAGAUAAUAAAUAG